CAUUAUAUGCUCAAGUACUUGCACUUAUGUAGUUCACUUCUAUCCAGUGUUCAUACCUUAUUCAACUUUACCGAAGUAAGGAAAAAACAGUGCUAUAAAUCAAUCUGCUGGUUAACAGAAUUUUAAAAAGUUUAAACGUACCGGUUACACUCUAUAUAUAUCAAUAAUUUAGUGGUAAAUUUCUAGUCCACAUAUUCCCACUUUCAUUUAUCAACACUACUUUUCUCGGUUUAGAAUAUACUAAUAAACGUAAAUAUAAAAAUGAGGCAAUCCUUUUUAUCCCGAAUUUUAAACCAAUCGCCUAAAAAACGUAUACUACGAAUAAGAUUCAUCAUUAUCCUGGUAGCGAUCGUGUUUGUCGUUGCACAAUUUUGGUUACAAAAUUGUCCAUCUAAACGGCUGCAUCCCUCAUCAUCUCGAGUGUCGAAAUUAACAUCACAAGAAAAGCAAAUCAUCGUUAAAAACUUAAAACUAGGAGUCGAUUGGAAAGAAGUUAAUGUGCCUGACAGCUUUCACAAUGCUACAAAUAAACCGAAAUUUUUUGUGUACUCGGCAUACUUUGACACAAAUGAAGACUUCAUGAGGGUUAUCGCAAUAACGCCAUCGUUUUCCCGACAAAGAUUUUAUUGUCAUUUAUUCGACGAGGAAAUACAACUGUUUACUACGGUUCCAGGAAUAAUAAGCACGACCAAGUAUGGCUUAGGUAGCACUAUGAAAUAUAGCAUGGCUUUUAUACUUUGUCACCUUGACAUGAAUCCGAACGAACUAGAAACUCAAUCGAUUAUUAAAAAAGCUAAAUUCACAGUAAUUUCACCCUUUCGCAAAAUGCCAGACUCCGAUCUGUUUACCUCUAAUGGAACUAUUGCUUCAAACUUGAUGAGCAUACCCAAUCCAGUGUACAAAGGGGACGAGGAACCUUACAAAUUUGUUGCCUGCGUUCAACCCACGUUUAAUUUUGACCGAGUCGAAGCAUUUCUGGAGUGGGUGGAAUUUCAAAAAAUGAUGGGCGUUACCCAUUUUGCCUUUUACAAUAUGUCGAUUGGACCUAGAGUAUCGUGCGUCAUGAAAUCUGCGGCGAUUAAUGCGGGUUAAUAGCAUCAACGCAUACUUGUGCAGCGAUUAAGGUGCUAUAUGAUGACGCGCUGAUGCCUUAGAUUUUUUAUUCCAAGACUCCCUCAUUUAAUGUGUUCAAAUGCAAAUUCUUAAUACGCUUUUUACCUCAAAACUCAUACGAGUAUGAGUUAUGAGUUUUGAGGUAAAUUAUUACGUUUUAUGGGAAAUUUAUUGAGAACAAGGGGGAAGAAAUGUACCAUUUUGUUCAAGUCCAAGGUUUUGUAAUCCUAAAAAUUAACUUUGCAUUUAAAUAGUAAAACUUAUUAUGAUUUAUAUCAAAAUUCAUGGGAUUAAUGAACUUCUAGAAAUUUGCCAUUUAAAGAUGUUGAUUAUGUGUAGGGUGGGACGAAAAAUCUACGACACAUCAACGCAUUAUCAUGAAUUUAACACCUUAAGAUAUAAAUUGUCGGUGCCUUAGAAACAAAUCUAGCCUAAAAAUUUCAGAGACUCCAGUCACCGUAUUAAAAUGGACUCCACCAAUUAAUGACGAAACUCAGCUGCAUACGAAUGGUCAAAUCGCUCAAUUGAACGAUUGUUCCUUCAGGUACAGAGGUGUUUCGAAAUACCUGGUGCAAUUGGACUUGGAUGAAUUCAUAAUCCCUAACCCAACCUUUGCCAAAGAUUACUAUCAACUUGUCAACGUUCUGAAUAAUGCUUGGAGAUCUAUGUCGAGACCCGGAGUUAUUGCGGUGUAUCAAUUCCCAUCGGCCUUCUUUGACCCUGGUUUUGGUUACUUUCAAACCUCGCCAGCUGUUGCGACUGACAAAACACGACGAUUUGGUAUAAACGAUUUGCAAUUGUACCGUUACGUCAAGAGGCACGACCCCAUUAAUUCCAGUGGGUAUAGAUCAAAAUUAAUUUCCAUUCCGUGGAAUGUUGUUGAACCCGGGCUGCACGUUCUGGAUGAACCUGUCUUUAAUGGAUAUGAAUACGUGGUUCCACAAGAAUUAGGAUAUAUUCAUCAUUACCGGAGAUUUUUUGAUUGUGGGAAUAACUGCAGUUUUAUAAGACAAAGAAUAGAUACCGAAGCCCAUUUUUACGUUCAAGAACUUUCCAGAAGGAUGCACAAUCUUGCGAAGAAAUUGGAAAAGGAAUGUGAUUUGGGAAGUUUAAAAAGUAAUAUGUAACAUUUAGCGAAUAAACAAUGUAUGAGCAUGAACAAUGACAGACUAAUAAAGGGUGGGAGAGGUAGAACUGGUA